CUCGCCCAACUUCUGCCGAUGGAGGAAAACUUUCUGCUACUGUUCCGAUUCGACAACCCGCUGGAAUCAAGCGUGGAAUUCAUGAAGAUCUGGCGGGAAUACGAUUCGGACAACAGUGGUUACAUCGAGGCAGAUGAACUAAAGAAUUUCCUCCGGGACCUACUGAAGGAAGCCAAGAAGAUAAACGACGUGUCAGAGGAUAAAUUAAUUGAGUACACCGACACAAUGCUUCGGGUAUUCGACGCCAACAAGGACGGUCGGUUGCAGCUCUCCGAAAUGGCCAAAUUGUUACCUGUUAAGGAAAACUUUCUUUGUCGACAAGUGUUUAAGGAGGGCAGAAUAGACGAAGAAGUGAGUACUGCCUGA